AUGCAAUUCAAGUCAAUCGCUCUUAGCCUUUUCGUUGCCUCCACCGCAUUGGCAGCCACCUCUACCGUUGAGGUGACGAUUUCUGAAUGUGCGGCCACCGUCACCGACUGUCCUUAUUCCAACAACACAGUCUCAGCCUAUGAGGGUAUUGGUGCCACCAUGGGUGGCUCCUUUGCCGCAAUGGGAGCCGCUGCUGUCGCUGCCGGUGUUGUUCUUGGGUUGUAG